UCGAAUAGCUUUCGGCUUAGGUAAUUGGGGAGACAAAUAAAUUCGGUAAUACAUUGUAUUUGUAUGUUAUCUGCGAAACAGCUGAUUAUUACAGCAUCGUUUCGUUAACACCACUCAUUCAUUUUAUCUGUAUUAUUCUACGUAUCGGUACGUUCAGCUCCUAUUAUCAUUACUUUCGGUGGUCGUCGAUGCAAGUUUGAAGUUUUAUUUGAUUCUGUCUUUGUGUCGUGUGUCUGGUUGUGCGUUCGUCUUUCGUUAUAAAUUACGUGAUUUCGAUAAACAUUUUCCUAAAUGAGUGCCAAUAUAAAUUACAAUUCUAUCGGGAAAGCGUUCAGGCCUUGGAACGUCCAUAAGAUUCUGGAUCGUAAACUCGUAUCUGGCCGAGUACGGUAUCUCGUUAAAUGGAAGAGCACUUUUGCUCAAGUAAACACGUGGGAAACUGGCGAAAGUUUUUCUGAUCAGACCGUCAUCAAAAAUUUUGAGUCGCAGUGGCAAAAGAACAGGAGAGUACAAGCUCGUCGUCCUGUAGUUGUCCGUCAAAAAACAGGUAGUACUUCCAGGAGACACUCGUUAACUGUCCGAAAACGAAUAAUCGACGUUAAAAUCAAAAAUUUCAAAGAUCUCAUGAAAACUGAAUUCCGAUGUUGCAUUUGUUUUGGUGUAUAUAAAAAUCCAUGUGUCACCGAAUGCGAGCACAUAUUCUGCGAUACAUGUAUCGAAACGUGGAAAAAUGAACGCGGAACGUGUCCAGUGUGUAGAGCGGUACUAUCCAGAUCGGAGAAAAAAUUAAUUAGAUUGGAUAAUUUUAUAAAAAACGUAACUAAAAUUAUUAAAAAAGUCUGAAAGACGAUAAAAAUGUAAAUUUUAAAGUUCUACAUACCUAUGUGUACUUUCGAUUGAUUUUCAAUGUUCGUUUUUCCCAUUUCAUUGCAUUAUUAUAUCAUGAUUGUGAUCCUUUGCUAUUAUUUAUAUUUUGAUGAUUUUAUUUUUGUGAUACCUAAUUUUAAAUAACCUUCGAAAUAAGUGAAAAAGAUUGAGUGAUUUUGUAUGUAAAAUGUUGAUUAGUUUAAUUUUGAAUGAACGAUGUAAUUUACAAUUUUUUUGUGUUAAGUAAUUUAAUUUAAGUAGGCACUUUGCAAGUUGAUAAAUGAUUAUUGC